AAACCAACUGCCGAGCAGUGAGGGACGGUGACGAGGUAGAGAGUUCAGAUGUGUUAGACGAAGGGUUUUUAAUGCGCUUCCGAGCCCGACUGCCGCUACGUGCGAGAGGCUGUGCGAUAGCGACGACGGAGCUACGACGACCAUCGCGGGACUUUCGCGUACGAGAAGGCCCGGUACAUCCGGAUAAAAACCUUCUGCGGCGUGAGAGCUGCGUAGGAGCGAGUAGAAGAAGAGGCGGAGGAGGUGGAGGUGGCGGAGAGCAGAUCGCGGAGAAGGUUCUGGCGAGAGGCUGACGACGAGCCUCUCAUCGACGGCAAGGCUUGGCUGCUCGGUUAUUGAGGAGAGGAAGGCACCCCGGCGAAGAAGAUCACCGCCGAGAGAGUUGGAAAGAGAGAGAGAGAGAAAGAGAGAGAGAGGGAGAGAGAAAGGGGAAAAAUCAGCGCGGAGGAUGACCGAUUGAGAGAAAGUGCAGUGUCAAAGUCUGUGAUAGUAUUUAUUCAAAAAGCAACAACAGCAACAUCAUUAUCAGCAGUAGCACCUGUGGACGUGUCAUCAUCGUUCGUGCGAGAAAGAGUACGAACAAUCGCGCGCGGAGAGAGAAAGAGAGAUAGAGAUAGAGAUAGGCUUUAUAUAUUUAUUUAUAUCUGUGAUAUCGACGCUGAUAUACAUCGACCCUCUGCGCGAUAGAGAGAAAGAGAAAGAAAGAGAGAGGCGAGCGGCGCGACAGCGAAGAUCCAGAGGGAGAGAGAGAGAGAGAAAGAGGAAGAUCGCUUCGAAGGAAGAUUAUAUCAGUAUCUUAGUGGAUAGGCUUUUUUGUAUAUACGACUGACUCUUUUUUAUAAUUAUUGCUACCGGUGCGAGUUAUACGGAAGCGGAAAACGCGCGCUCGGACAGAUCUCUCGGACAGCAGUGAACCGACUCUUCGAUCUUACGCGGACAAUCGCCUACGAGAGCGUCCAGAACACGAGCGAAAACAUGGUGGAGAAGAUCCUGGAGGAGAGAGAGGACGGCAGUCAGGCAGCCGAACGAGGCGAUGGCACUUGCCGGGAUGUAGCCACGACGGGGGAGUCCAUGAGUGCGGUGCAGGCCCGUCAGGAAGAGGCGAGACGUAAAAGGCGCAGGAAGAGACGUUCCGGGUCAUCUGUGCUGUCCUCUUGCUUCCAAGAACUGUACAAAUUGACCGGAGAGGUCCUCGGAGAGGGUGCUUACGCGUCGGUCCAGACUUGUACAUCCCUCUAUACGGACCUCGAGUAUGCCGUGAAGAUCAUUGAUAAGAUCCCCGGACACGCGCGUGCCAGGGUGUUCAAGGAGGUCGAGACGUUCCACCAUUGCCAAGGCCACCCGAACAUCAUACAGUUGAUCGAGUUCUUCGAGGACGAGGAGAAGUUCUACCUCGUAUUCGAGAAGGUCAACGGCGGCCAGUUAUUGAAUAGGAUUCAAGAGCGAGUUCACUUCACUGAGAGGGAGGCGAGCCAAAUCGUCAAGGAAAUUGCGAGCGCGCUCAACUUUCUUCACAAGAAAGGGAUUGCCCAUAGAGAUCUCAAACCCGAGAACCUCUUGUGCGUGUAUCCGGACAAGUUGACGCCGAUCAAGGUAUGCGACUUCGAUCUUGGAUCAGGCAUCAAGUUCAACAACUCGCUGUCUAGUCCUGUGGCAACGCCGCAGCUUCUGACGCCGGUGGGCAGCGCCGAGUUCAUGGCGCCGGAGGUGGUCGAGGCUUUCAUCGGCGAAUCCAAUUAUUACGACAAGCGUUGCGAUCUCUGGAGUCUCGGCGUUAUCAUGUACAUACUGCUUUGCGGUUAUCCGCCUUUCUAUGGAAACUGCGGCGCCGAUUGCGGCUGGAGCAGGGGUGAAAAUUGUCAGGCCUGUCAGGAAAUGCUUUUCACCAGUAUUCAGGAGGGCAGAUACGACUUUCCCGACAGCGAGUGGAGAUGCAUCUCCGAGGACGCAAAAGAUUUGAUCAGAGGCUUGCUCGUCAAGAACGCCCACCAGAGGCUCAGCGCCGAUAGUAUUCUGAAACAUCCCUGGAUCAAUCCCGGGCCGACUUCCGUCGAGACUGGUGAUCGAUCACUUACCACGCCUCAUAUCAUAAGGAGGAACAACUCCGCUCGAGAACUCUCAGCUUUCGCUGAGUCUGCAAUGGCUGUGAAUCGUGUGGUACUUCAGCAUUUCUCUCUAAACCUCGAGGAUUUGGCGGAAAACCGAGAGCCCAGACUGUCCACGUCGUCAACCGACGACGACAAUCAUCCGUACGGUCACAUUUCCGACUCUAGCAGCGAGCUGUCCGAGAACAGUAAGCACUUCACGACCCAUUCCUCCAGCGAGUUCGAUGGUACGCGACAAAAGUCAUGCUCCGUGCACACCAGCGUCGACCUGAACGACCCUAAGAUCAUCGGCAAGGAUCGCGUCAUCGACAAAGACUCGCUGCAGAACUUGUUCGGGCUUUCACCGCCGAUCGAGAGUCGUUUGAUGCAACGCCGUUUGAAGGCUCGCUCGGAUCUGCUUGAACGUCAGACCGGCAAAGCGGUAAUUGCGUCACCGAGUGGCUGAGAGGUCGCUAUAAAAUCCAUCACCCUUUCUUGCUACAGUAUCACUUGUCUCUUUGUAGUUACACGAGAAUACGAACGAUGUACAAUACUUUUUCCAACGGCUUAGGAAGCUAAACGUAGCGUAAGUCGAGUCUUUGAUUCUGCGCGGAUAACGAGAACAGGCUCAAUCAUUUACGAUAGUGACGACAGCGAUAAUAAUUGUAAAAGUAUUUGCCGCGGGAAUAAUCGAAAACGUAAUAUCAUCGUUGUCUGUUUUUUUUUCAGUAGCUGUAAGCUUCUUUUGUUUUUAAAUUCUCCUUUUUAGCAGACGGUUUGAUGAUAACCAGAUUGUUUUUAUUUCCAACGUAAAAGAUUUGCAUCCCAUUCAAUUUCAAAUUAAUUGAUAACGCGAUAGUUAUGACAUUAUAUGUAGCAUAACUAUUAAAAUAAUGUGUAUAAAGAAAAUGUAAAGUGUAAAAUAUAAAACAGAGAUAAGGAAAAUGUACGUUCUCCUACAGAACAUAAAUCUUAAUUGUAAUGUAACAAAAGUGUGCGCUGUAAACGCAUUGAAAACAAAAAAAUGUACUUUGCUGUGGUAUGUUAGGACGACAUUUGUCACAAUUUGAGUAAAAAGAUAAUCAUACCGCAGUUUGACCUCGAUCAUCGACGUUGCGCGCCGCGCGUAAUUUUUCUGUCGCAUCUUUUGGAAAUAAAAGCAAGUCUGAUUUCAUCCAACAUUAUAUCUCGCUGCGUGUUAUUCGUUUGUCACGCAGUUAUAUGUUGCAUUGUACAGUAAUACAGAGCUACACAACACGCGCAUCGUUGUACCAUCAUUCAUAGAUACGUAUAGCGGAUUUUGAAUAAUUCAUUUAUCCACACAUCGACAUCGCAUGCAGCGAAUCAACAUCGCGGAAAGCAUGCCGAAAAUAAAUCGGAUGUACAUUGAGGCAUCAAUCGAUGUUUAUCAUCGUAAUCUGAUCUUUUUCGAUACAUGUAACGUACGUUGAAGAUACAUAUGCGCGUUCAUGUGUGUAGGUAAAUUAAAACGGAAAGAAAAAGGAAAGAUAUAUAAGAUCCUCGUAAGAUCGUGAUAAUUUGUGCGCACUCUCGAAUGCACGAUCAAAUUACGUAAAUGUCAUUUUUACUUUUACUGUUCGUCACGAAUUUUUCAAAUAAAAAGAAAAAGUCGACAGACGCAACCGAUGCAAGGCGAAAAAAUGUUCCUUUUAUUGCUCUUUUGAUGUUUCAAGUAUAUUCGAGCCAUAACAUGUUUCUCGAACGGAGCAAACGGGUGAGGGUGCCUCAGCCCACAGGUGCAGAUUAUAGUUUGCUCAUACUAGGUUAAUAGAAACGCGAUAGAUUGUAAGUCAGGAAGAUUUCAAACCGAAAUUCGGGAGGUAGAAGUUACGGUGGAAGUGGAUUACAAAGAGAAUGGCCACAUGAUAAAUCUGUUUAGAAUUUCUAAAUUGUAAAAUUGUAAAAUGUUUCUAUUAAUUAGCACGUUACAUAUUUUUCUAGAAUUUUAUUGACUAAAAAUUGGUCAUUUUUAACGUCACUCCAUUCACUAAUACUUUAUGUUUUUUUUUGUAUAAAUUGUUUAUCUUUCUCGAAUUUUCUUCAUUCUACUUUAUAAUUCCGCGUAAAUUGCACACUUUGAUUUGAAUAGAAAUAAAUUGUCGAUAUUUGUUUUCCUUGCUUUAUAUUUUAGAACAAACAGGAUAAGAUGUAUAAAAAAAGAAAAAAUUUUCUUGCUUUGUUUUUCUAUACUGAUGCUGUGGACGGAUUUUACUCAGGGCAGCUGGGAGAAUGCUGCGCAUGUUAUUCUACAUUAUACUUGUACAAUUUGAGGACGGGAGGAAAAUAUAAGGAAGAUAUUUGUAACAUUUAUCGCAGUCCCUCCAGAGUUAACGCCGGCGUUAAUGAUAUUCAUUUCAGGAUUUUGAGAUCUUCCUUGUAGAACUGUAUAACUCUGGAGGAGACGUCUAGGGUGAUGUGCGUUUGUACAUUAUAAUUGCAUCAUUGGAAACUUUCUUAGAAAGUCAUUCGCUUGCUGUAGAACAUGGCGGAUACGGCUUUUAUCAACUUCUGUCUUCUUUGUACUUUUUAAGUACCGAUAAGAUAAAGAUUAGUGUUUAGCGCGCGUGGAUGAGAUUAUAUAUGAUAAAAAUCCGUGUAAAUAAGAAAGCUACGAUAUAUAGAGGUACGGAAAGCAAUAUACAAUGUGGGUGGGCUCUCUUAAAGGGAAAUAUUGAAGAAUAUUGGAGGAUUGAUAUGUUUAUCGGCCUCUUUGCGCAAGGCCAAAGAAUUCUUUACGUCAUUAAUGAAUAAUCAUCUAGUAUAUAAAACAAAUUAUUUUUCUUAUCAUUGAGAACACACACGUUUCUCUCGCUUAUUCUUUUCUUGAUUUAUCAGCAUCUUGCGCGAAGUUCCAUGCAAAAUAACCCACAUUACAUGUUAAGCAAUUAAGUGUACGCUCGAGAAAAAAUCUGCGAAAUUGUUCACUACCUUUUCUAUUUGGUCCUGAAAUAAAGGGACGAAGGAAUUUUUCUUACGUCGAGCGUGCGUUUCGAAGAAGCAUCAAUAUAGACUUGGGUGUAAGUGAAUGCUUUUUUUUUUUAAAUAAUAUAUAGUAUAAGAGUGUAAAAGUAGAACGAAUGUGAAGUGUGCCGUACAAGAAAAAAAAUAUAAAAGGAAAAGAAAAAAAUACAAAUGGCCAUAUAAGUACACAGAUCUGUAAGCGUAACGAGUUUACGAUUGAAUGAUAGAGUGCGAGGGUAAAUGUACGCAUGUGAGUAAGAUAUACGUGGCAGAAAUUAUUAAUUGCUAGCCUUUAAGGAAAAUAAACCCAGCACCUUGUCGUAAAUAUGUAGCGUAAGGUACCGCUGAAUAAUACCGAUCGGCUGUCAAAUUAUUCUUCAUUUUCAUCCUUUUGUAUUUACAUAUUGUGCUAUCUUAUAUAGCAUGAGUAAAUCUCGAUCUAACAUUUUUGUUUAUCCACCACGAAACUAGAAUAUUUCACGAUUAUUUCACGAAGAUUGAAAUUGCAAUGAUGUUUUUUGUACAGUGGCUGGAUCGUAGUGUUAAGUUUCGGUGUAUCACAGCGGUCGGUUAUACAUGCUGUGCAUAUGAAUGCAAACAUUAUCAUUUUCAUUUACUUCUCAAUAACACGAAGGUGUAAGUCUUUUGCUAAGCGGCGGUUGACGAAAGAGAACGUAUAUUGUAAGACGUUGGUGUCCGCGUCGUGCCAACGCUGUAGCGCAGUAAUCCUACGAAGAACGAAUCACGAUGCGAGAAGAGCGAAAUUUCGUUACACUUUUACAAGAAAACAAAAAAAAAACGCGAAAAAAAAUAAAAAUAAUCACGUGUCAUAUAUAUUUUAAGUAUUACGUGUCCCGUUCCUUUCAUGUUUUGUCCGCACACUCUUCGUUGAGUAUUCUCCCGCCGCGGUAUCCACUUCUCGAUUGUUCUUUACCAGAAAUUCACAUCCGCGAUUGAUGUACAUCUUUCCGAAAAGAGCGCAUUUGUUUUUCAUGGAAAGAAAAGAUUAUUAAUGCAUUAUUAAUUAUCAAAUACUAAUUCUCGUGUUCAAGAUCGUCAUCAGAUAGUUUUUGAUUUCAAUGAACAUUCAAUCCGUUCAAAAAAAAGAGUGUGCGAUGAAUCGAGCGAAUUUCGAUCAUUUUCCUUGUUCUUGUAAUCGUAGUCGAUGUAUCAAUCGGAGGUAAAGUGGUAAGAGAAAACUGGAGAAUGUGUAAAUAAGAUUUAUCUAGUAGUAUAGUGCCUAUAUCCUAAAGAAGUAGGUCGGUAGCAAGUAGUGUACCCUUCCCAAAACCUUGUCCCGCAUCCUCACAAGUAUCAAUCUUCCCAUCAUCCUUCCCUCGCACAUAACACGCAUCCCUUACAUUUCUCACGGCCUUCUCAACUGACGCCAUCUCCCUAUCCUCGAAAUCGAAACAUUCCUCUUCUAAUCACAGCUUACGCUCACCUAUCCCUUUGAAUCCUCUAUUCUCCUCUCCACAUCACAGUCCCUUCUUCCAUUUGCGUCCCAAAAAAAUUGUUAUAAAACGAAAAAUGGCCAAAAAAUAUUUUUUAUUUUUCAUACCCACUUGUAUGUAGGACAUAUGAUAUAUUUUUUUGACACGGUUGAGGAGACGGAGCUUGAUUGCGAAGUAAGAGAGGAGUCGUUGUAUUGCAUCCCCGUUCGUUUUUUUUUUAGACUUCGCGUUGAAGAUAUUCAUACCACAUGCGUGAAAAAUGUCGUGGGAUGCAAUGGCGACUCUUUUAUUCUUUGCAUUUGGUGCGAUAUCUUACUGCUUAGUAUUAGACAUUUUGUAAACCGAAGUUAUUCUUCAGUUUUAUAAGAGUAAGAGUAAGAAAGGGAGAGAGAGAAUGAGAAAGAAUGUUCGGGAACAUGGGCUAAAGUCCACUCAUUUAACGUGCUCACGAUAGUACGAUUUUCAGUUAUAUUUUUUUAUUAAAUAUUCAGCAUAUUUUCUUUUAUCUUCUCUAAAAAUAAAAUAAAAGUUGGAGAACAGUAAUUCUUUUAUACAAAAAUUUUUAUUGUGUGAUGUUUUGAUCACAUUGAUAAAAUAAAAUUUUCGAAUAUUCAUGUGUAUUCGGCAUCUUUUUCAAGUAUGUAAAUGGGAGCGAUUUUCGGCACUUUCUAAAUGUUAAAAGUAUCACAUCGUGAGCACGAGGCGCUAAUUUCUCGACUUUAUUCAUAUUUAAGUGGCGCGCGUUUAGCCUAGCGAAACAUGUAAUGUUGAGACUGGAUUAUGAACGUACAAAAAGAAAAAACUUUAUUAUACCUGUAAACGACAUAUUAAUCGCUCCACGAUUCAAUCAACGCGCAUGAUCGUCCAGAGAAGCAAGAGUACUUGCAGCGUGAUCAGUUCGAUUAUUAAACAACAAUUCCUGCGAUUCGAAUUGUACAGAAAUCUGAUCACAGAUCGGUAAUGGCGUGAUUUGAGGAAAAAAAAACUGGUUUGUCAUUAAUUCCUCAUAAUUGAUCAUUAAAAUGUAUAUUUUUUAAGUGAAAUAUUAAAAAAAAAAACACUUUAUUAUAUAUACACUUUCUCCUUCACACACACAUCCUUUGACAUUGCACUUAUUUUUGUUUCUCGAUUUGCGCAGCAUACAGACUCGCGUUGUUUUACAAUUGUCGAACAGAAACAUUCACUAUUAGAUUUGUCUCAUCUCAUCGUGACAACUUCAAAGACAUCACGAAUCGAUAUCGAAUAAUAUAUAAGCGAGGAAAAAUGUUGAAUUUUUUUCAUAAUUAAUUCUCGGAAAUCUGGUUUCAUUAAUCAGUAGAAUACAGAAUGUUAGAUAUGGAAGGUGAAGUUGAAACGAAAUUAGAAACAAGAUGUACCCCAUGGGAUUUACAAGUUAGUAUUUUAUUUAGAAUUCCGAGGAUUAAUAUCUCGUAAUCUCCUUGAUAAACGUGUAUAAUAGUUUAAAAGACAAAUCGUAGCCCUAAAAGGACAUGUGGGACGUGUAUAUUACGCAGGUAUCUGUGUAAAAUUGUGACCAUGUCGAAGGGAUUUGUUUGGAACUGGAGGAAAUAAUUUUGACUUCACUUAAUCAGAGCGGAAAUUUUCACGGAACGAAAGAUCGUCCGCAGAGGAUUUUCUGAAAUUUUCUGAAAACAUAUUUGACAUGGUCGCGAUUCUAGAUCAUAUUUCAUUUCGUACGUACACACACACCGUCCUUCUUUUCGCGCAUCGACGUUCAAGUCGGCCACAAGCGUAUACAUGAGUACAAAUCGCAACCUUUUAAUUUUCACGUUGAUAUACAAGGUGUUUCAUGAUAGAGUAUAAAAGGCUUCGGUAAUUUAUCGGCAAGAUAAUCUUUAAUGGGAAGAUGCCCCAUGUAGAUCUUAUUCUGAAGAAUCGCAUUUGUACAACAUUUUCUUCUUUGAAGUAGCUACUUUACUGGAUUGUCGAAGCUCUUUACACUAUUUAUGGAACAUCCUUUACACAUCGGCGAACGCGACCGGACGGAAAUACACCCGACCGACUCAUAGUUAUUGAGCUCUCAAUUUUCUUCGCUCUCCGAAGAAAACGUCGAUUUAUCCUCGCCUUCGAUUUAAUGGAGAGUCGCGAUCGCGUUUUAUUAGCCUCGGUCGACAACGAAAAGCUCCGUUGAAAGCUGAAGGAUAUUUUCGGAUCAGUUAUAUCCUAUAGAAAAAUAUUGCGUCAACUUUGAGGAUACUAUCGAACGAAUCGGACACAAUCGAAUACGGCCAACUAUGAGGAACAAAAAGCGAAGAAAUCGGUGAGGAGGGUGUGUACACCUCCUAUAUCCUGAAGAAGCACUGCCGAUGCUUUCUGACAUAAGCAAAACGAUCGAGAACUUUAAACGCGGUAUCCUUGAGAGGAUUUCAAGUAUUUUUCUAUAAGGACUCGCGAUGCUCUUCGUGAUAAAGUCUUACAAAAAUUCGUCCUGUAUAUCAAUCAACCCAGCAAUCGCGUAAGAAUCUACCUUGUUGACCUUUUCCGAUGUUUAAUUGCAGUUACAUGGUUUCGGGAUUAACGAGAGAUCCGUUGUUGAUGAACCUUAAAACUUUACUAUAGAAAAGAGAGAAUAUACAGGUUGUCCCACGCGUAAAAUAUUACACAAGCUAUCGUCUCGGGACGUUUGUUACAAACAGUAACAAAAUCUUUUUUAGUGCUUCAGGACUCGCUAAGGACCUUUUACAUGAAAUAUAUCACUGCUUGAUGCGAAAUUAACAGAGACUCUCUUGAGGAAUCUACGGCGAUAUUCCACGUAUCACGUAAGACUCUCUGAGCGAAUCUCUGUGAGCAUGUUAUAUGUAUAUUAAAGAACUAAAAAUAUUAAAAAUAUCUCUAACGAUUGUUACUGUGUUUAACAAGUUCCGAAAUUAAUAUUUUACGUGGGACACCUUGCGUUUAUAUAUAUGUCGUCAUGGUGAUCCUCGAACUUCUGCGUACUAUUCAAUUACGCGACAACAGUAUUGUACUAUAUUAGUAUGCUCACAGUAACUCAGAGUGACUCGCACGACAUCAUGUAACAAUAUCGCGAUUUUUCUCACAUCAUUGACAUUAAUUUCUUUCGCUGCUACGAAGUGAACGAAGCGACGGUGCGGUGAGCCUCAUUCGGUUUCACUGUAUCGUUCUUCGGCGAUAAGAUACAAGGUACGAGAACUAGAGGCGAUCGCGAUACUUGACGACGGUGAGAAUUAUAAGCGUUACGAAACUGCUGAGUGAGUUUACAUAGAUACGAUUACCGCGUAUAGAUAGUAUGUAAGAGUGUAAUGGCUACAACAUCCUAUAAUAACGCGAGGAUUUUAAAGGAAUGCUUUUUGUAUUAUACAAGCGAUCGACUAAGUGAGAACGAAAAGUACAAGGGACACCGAGAGGGAGGGAGCGAGAGAAAGAGAGCGAGAGUGAGAGCUUGAGCAAGACCAAAACUUUGUCGAGAAUGUAGAAGAGACCGAGAGAUUUUUCGUUUUCCGAAAACGGCCGUCUCUUCUCUCUCUCUCUCGAGACAGAGAUCUACUUCAUGCGUCAUCAUAGACGCCUACACAAAUCGGUAUGAAGAGAUAGCGCGGAUAUUAAUGAAAAUAAGGAGGAGGAGGAGCGGUAUUAAGACCGAUACGAGGAGAACGAGCUGAGUCAAAGUCAAGGAAUUUGUAAUAUCGGUGUGCCAGACUAACCAUUAUUAGUCGUAUAGUUUAUUGGAAUAUAUGAAUUAUUAAUGGGAAAGUCGAAAAUAAAGAGGAGCA